AGUCUGAACAGCGUCCAGUUGGUAUUGAAGAAAGUGACGUAUCGCUGUCCAUCCCAAUUUUCAUCUAUAUGAUGACAGAAUUUCUAAAGUAUUGUCAGUGCUUUGUUAGUAUUUUGUUGGAGUACAUUUUACAAUUGCUGAAUAAAGCGAAAUCUUUUUUUUUUAUUUAAGGAUAUGCCAAUGUAAAAUGGACAGAAAACCACAAAAUUCUCAGUAAAAAAAAGUUUCACCUUUUAAAGAAGACAUAUUUCUAAACUAAUAAAAUUAUGGCCACAUAAAUACAAUUUGGCACGUGAUUAUUAUAAAAAUACCACAAAUAAAAAAAUUAUUUUUGUCUGCUGACGAUGAAUAUUAUGUUUAUAAGUACAUUUUAUUCCAAUACUUAUUUGGUAUUUUUAUAAAUUGGUACAUCAGGAAUCAAAGUAUUUAAAAAUAAAAGGUUUGAGGAACUUAUGAGUUUUUUCGGUAAGUUGGCGCACGUUGGAGGGCCAGGUUUGGAAGUAAAUAUUACUUCACUGAGAUGAAUAUGACCAGGUAACGUUUUAUAAUUUUUCUCUACUUUGCUUUUAAAAAAAAUUGAAGUGUUAGGCUCCCUGCCACCCCUUACAUUUAAAAUUUGGUUCAUUAUUUUAAUUUACUACUUCAAAUCUUUUUUGUGAACCUGCCAAAAUUUUAAGCUGAAUCAGUUACUGAGCGAUGAAGAAGUUGUCAGCACUGGAGAAGAAUCACGUGUUGAGCCGAUUUUGUGUAGUGUGGCAAGUUUCCACGAACUGAAAGUUGCGAAGGCGCAUGAUGGAGGGGCAGUGAAAAAUACCGAGAAAUACCAUAUCAAAAGAGUGGUAUAUCCUUCACCCUGGAAACAACAAGGCAGAUGGUCAUUAGCAGCAUCGAGAUUCGCAUGAACGGUUCGGGACGCAUUGGCGUGAGGGGAUACGUGCAUGAUGCCUAAACGUGUUUCUAAGAAGAAAUGUAAAGAUUGGUGCACAGUGAAGUUCUUGGAAGACGGCAUAGUUCAGAGAUGCAAAGAGACAGAGCUACGAAAAAGAAACGGAACACUAUUUGCUAGGUGGCUAAAGGAUGGCCGUUGGUAUCCAGCAUCUAUUCUGGAGUCUGGGGAUGAUAAAUCAUCCUCUCUCAAAAAUGUGACAAAGCCUACUGGGAACGCCACUACAACAUUCGAUAUUCAUGAACGUCAAAUUCCCCUACAAGAUUCUGCCUCUAAUGCAAACACAUUGGAUGUUGCGGGCAUAACGGAAGAUUAUGUUGAGUCUCAGUCUUGCUCAAUCGACUUCUACCCUAUUGUGACUGAGCAUGAAGUGUUGAAGAACAACGAAACGUUAAGUGAAAUUACAGAUGAAUCAUCCUCACUCGAAAAUGUGACAAAGCCUACUGGGAACGCCACUACAACAUCCGAUAUUCAUGAACGUCAAAUUCCCCUACAAGAUUCUGCCUCUAAUGCAAACAAAUUGGAUGUUGCGGGCAUAACGGAAGAUUAUGUUGAGUCUCAGUCUUGCUCAAUCGACUUCUACCCUAUUGUGACUGAGCAUGAAGUGUUGAAGAACAACGAAACGUUAAGGGAAAUUACAGACACUAUGGAUUUGGCCAAGAUAGGAAAACUUCUUAUCAACAUGGAUGCUGGAAGCCUUAAGAACAUGCAGAAUAAAAAUUUGGAUGAAAUUGACAUAGAGGGCCAUGUUUCCGAGGACGAUGUUGAUUCUGAUAUUGAUAAUUUAAAUGAAAAUGAACAACUUGAAGACAAGACCAGCAGCCCAGAACAACAAAAUGCCAUCUCUACAAGCCACCCGAGCCCGCGUAAGAGGAAGAAAACAGAAAGAAAGCCGUGGAAACCAGAACAACUGAGACUUGUAAGGUCGCACUUCAAGGGCUUUAUUCAACUCAAUAAAGUUCCAGGGAAGAAGGAGAUCAAGCGGUACAAAUCACAGUCCUCCAUUAAGUACUGA